UUCGCCCGGCCUGCGAGAGCUUCGAGGGAAGCUAGGCGGCAGCGAGUAGCGGCGAAGUUGCUUCUGAGGGAGCCUAAGAUGACCGGUUCUAACGAGUUCAAGCUGAACCAGCCACCCGAGGACGGCAUCUCCUCGGUGAAGUUCAGUCCGAACACCUCCCAGUUCCUGUUGGUCUCCUCCUGGGACACGUCCGUGCGCCUUUACGAUGUGCCGGCCAAUUCCAUGCGGCUCAAGUACCAGCACACCGGCGCCGUCCUGGACUGCGCUUUCUACGAUCCAACACAUGCCUGGAGUGGGGGAUUAGACCAUCAAUUAAAAAUGCAUGAUUUGAACACUGAUCAAGAAAAUCUUGUUGGAACCCAUGAUGCCCCUAUCAGAUGUGUUGAAUACUGUCCAGAAGUGAAUGUGAUGGUUACUGGGAGUUGGGAUCAGACAGUUAAAUUGUGGGAUCCCAGAACCCCUUGUAAUGCUGGGACCUUCUCUCAGCCUGAAAAGGUAUAUACCCUCUCAGUGUCCGGAGACCGGCUGAUUGUGGGCACCGCAGGCCGCAGAGUGUUGGUGUGGGACUUACGGAACAUGGGCUACGUGCAGCAGCGCCGGGAGUCCAGCCUCAAGUACCAGACUCGCUGCAUACGAGCAUUUCCAAACAAGCAGGGUUAUGUAUUAAGCUCUAUUGAAGGCCGAGUGGCAGUUGAGUACUUGGACCCAAGCCCUGAGGUACAGAAGAAGAAGUAUGCCUUCAAGUGUCACAGACUAAAAGAAAAUAAUAUUGAGCAAAUUUACCCAGUCAAUGCCAUUUCGUUUCACAACAUCCACAAUACCUUUGCCACAGGUGGUUCUGAUGGAUUUGUAAAUAUUUGGGAUCCAUUUAACAAAAAGCGACUGUGCCAGUUCCAUCGGUACCCCACCAGCAUUGCGUCACUCGCCUUCAGUAACGAUGGGACUACACUUGCAAUAGCAUCAUCGUAUAUGUAUGAAAUGGAUGACACGGAACAUCCUGAAGAUGGUAUCUUCAUUCGCCAAGUGACAGAUGCAGAAACAAAACCCAAGUCACCAUGUACUUGACAAGAUUUCAUUUACUUAAGUGCCAUGUUGAUGAUAAUAAAACAAUUCGUACUCCCCAAUGGUGGAUUUAUUACUUUUAACAAAGAAACCAGGGAAAAAUUUUAAUUUUAAUAUUAUAAGAACCUGAAAAUAUUGGAAAAGAGGUUUUUAUUGCUUUUUUUAAAAAACAAACACUUUCUUUAGUGCAUGAGAUGGUUUGAUGGUUUGCUGCAUUUAAAGGUAUUGGGCCAAACAGAAUUGGAGGGCAGCGACAGCACUUUUGAGAAUCAGUUUUGACCUUGAUGGGUUUUGUUUCCAUUGUGGAAAUAAAUGUUUGUGAAUAAAUGUAGGUAGUAAAACCCCCUUUGCAUUCUUUGUG